AUGGACCCAAGUUCAAAGGUUCCACUAUCUCAUUCAUUGUGGUCCCCACAUGAUACUGUGAAAGAUGCAGCAGAGUCUUUAGGCGUUAAUUUGCCUGAAGAGGCGGCUAAGAAUCUUGCGAUGGAUGUUGAGUAUCGUAUCCAUGAAAUACUAGAAGUGGCAAUCAAAUUUAUGAGACAUUCGAAGAGGAAGCUUCUUAUGACUAAUGAUAUCAACUAUGCGCUCAAGGCUUUAAACAUUGAACCUUUGUACGGCUACGAUAACACCCAACCAUUAUUCUUCAAGGAGGCUCUAGUUGGAGCCGGUGGACAAACACUAUACUACGUCGAUGACAAUGAGAUAGAAUUAGAGAAACUCAUAAACCAAGAAUUACCUACUGUACCAAGAGAAACAACUUUCACUGCUCACUGGCUCGCGAUAGAAGGAGUACAGCCCAUGAUACCUCAAAAUCCGUCCCCAGCUGAAAUAAAAAAUCUUCCACCAAUAGUCAGGGGUGCUACUUCAUCAAUUCUCGGAAGCGAUAUUUUAAGCUCAGGAACUGGAGAUGUUUCGGAUCCGACGAAUGGCCAUGUUGGAGAUAAAAGUAAAAAGCCUGUGGAUAAAGAGAUGCAAAUACGUCCAUUAGUAAAGCAUGUUUUAUCUAAAGAACUUAAAUUGUACUUUGACAAGGUAGUGGAAGUACUUGUAUCUUCAGAUCCUGAAAAAGAAACUCUUAAGUAUGCCGCUUUAACAUCUCUCAAAAAUGACCCAGGUUUGCAUCAAUUAGUUCCAUAUUUCAUUCAAUUCGUUGCCGAGCAAAUUACAAAUCAAUUGAGAAAUAUUGACAUAUUAUCAACGAUGUUGGAAGUGAUAUCAGCUCUCGUUGAUAAUAAAACUCUUUUUUUGGAUCCUUAUGUCCACGCGCUAAUGCCAUGUAUACUUACUUUAUUGCUCGCAAAGAGAAUUGGACCUUUAAUGAAAGAUAUAAAUGAAGAGGAAUCGCAGGAAUUGUUAAAAAAGCAAUUGGCAGUUAGGGAAUUUGCCGCCGUGUUACUUGAUCAUUUGACAAAAGUAUAUGGCUCUUCUUAUUCAACUCUUAGACCAAGGGUUACUCGAACUUUGUUGAGAGCUUUGUUGGAUACUUCUAAACCUACAGGAACACACUACGGUGCAUUUUUGGGUUUGAAAAAUAUGGGACCAGAUGUCAUAAAACUAGUUUUGGUAGGAAACUUAAAAGUGUGGUGCAAGCUGGUGAUUGAUGAAGGCAACAAAAGUGAGUUCGAAAAAAAUAUAUUGUUAAGCACGGCCGUUGACUGUUUAAGGAAGUUAAAGGUCAAAAUAGAAUUGUCUAAUGACAUGGAUGAAGAGGUAUUAAGUGAUGAAACUAAAAAUAAACUUAGGGAUAGGAUCGGAGAAACCCUUGGUGAUUUAGUUGCCUCCGAGGAUGACGCUCAAGACAUAGUUAGAGGUAUUUUCUUUGGAGAGACGGAGGGUUGA